CCGGGCUCCGGCAGGGUGGGGCAAGCUGGUGCAAUGGCAGGGGCGGUGACCAAUGGGAGGAGGGCGUGUGAACGCGUCGGGCUGUCUCGAGUUGCGAUUCGUUACCUUUCCAGAGCUGCAGCCAUCUCCGCCAAUGAGAUGGCAGGAUCCAUAUCGGGCCGGGCGGGAGUCACAGCAGCGCCGCCUCAGCUGACAGCCCCAGCGCGGCCUCCCAUUGGCUGGCAGGGAUGAACGGCGCGGUGCAAGACCAAUGGAACCGUAGAGAAGGAGCUGAUUGACUGCAGAGCCCACCAAUGGCCGCGCCGCGCUGAGGGGAGGGGGCGGGCCCGGCGCCGCGGGGGUGUCGCCAGUGCCGGAUGAGGAGACUCGGAGGGGAAGUUUGGCCGCCGCCGCCGCGGGCCCUGUGAGGAGCCGCCGCCGGGAGCGCGGUGCCCGCUCCUCUCCGCCGCCAUGGGGAACCGGGGCAUGGAGGAGCUGAUCCCGCUGGUGAACAAGCUGCAGGACGCGUUCAGCUCCAUCGGUCAGAGCUGCCACCUCGACCUGCCGCAGAUCGCCGUGGUGGGCGGGCAGAGCGCGGGCAAGAGCUCGGUGCUCGAGAACUUCGUGGGCCGGGAUUUCCUGCCCCGUGGCUCUGGGAUCGUCACCCGGCGGCCCCUCAUCCUGCAGCUCAUCUUCUCCAAGACAGAAUACGCCGAGUUCCUGCACUGCAAAUCCAAGAAGUUCACGGAUUUCGAUGAGGUGCGGCAGGAGAUCGAGGCCGAAACCGACCGGGUGACGGGGACAAACAAGGGCAUCUCCCCCGUCCCCAUCAACCUCCGCGUGUACUCCCCGCACGUGUUGAACCUGACCCUGAUCGACCUCCCGGGGAUCACCAAAGUGCCAGUCGGGGACCAGCCGCAGGACAUCGAGUACCAGAUCAAGGACAUGAUCCUGCAGUUCAUCAGCAGGGAGAGCAGCCUCAUCCUGGCCGUCACGCCGGCCAACAUGGACUUGGCCAACUCGGAUGCGCUCAAGAUGGCAAAGGAGGUGGAUCCUCAAGGCUUGCGGACGAUCGGCGUCAUCACCAAGCUGGACCUCAUGGAUGAAGGCACAGACGCCAGGGACGUGCUGGAGAACAAGCUGCUUCCUCUACGGAGAGGCUACAUCGGCGUGGUGAACCGCAGCCAGAAGGACAUCGAUGGCAAGAAGGACAUCAGGGCCGCGCUGGCGGCCGAGCGCAAGUUCUUCCUUUCCCACCCGGCGUACCGGCACAUGGCCGACCGCAUGGACCCCCACCUCCAGAAGGUCCUCAACCAGCAACUGACCAACCACAUCCGGGAGACGCUGCCGUCGCUGCGCAGCAAGCUCCAGAGCCAGCUCCUGUCCCUGGAGAAGGAGGUGGAGGAGUACAAGAACUUCCGGCCCGAUGAUCCCACACGGAAAACCAAAGCUCUGCUGCAGAUGGUCCAGCAGUUCGGUGUGGACUUCGAGAAGCGGAUCGAGGGCUCCGGGGACCAGGUGGACACGUUGGAGCUCUCCGGUGGCGCCAGGAUCAACCGCAUUUUCCAUGAGAGGUUCCCCUUUGAGCUGGUGAAGAUGGAGUUUGAUGAGAAGGAUUUGAGGCGAGAGAUCAGCUACGCCAUCAAAAACAUCCAUGGAGUGAGGACGGGGCUCUUCACCCCAGACCUGGCCUUCGAGGCCAUCGUGAAGAAGCAAGUGGUGAAGCUGAAGGAGCCGUGUCUCAAGUGCGUCGACCUCGUCAUCCAGGAGCUGAUCAACACAGUGCGGCAGUGCACCAGUAAGCUUGGUUCCUACCCCAGGUUACGGGAGGAGACGGAGCGGAUCGUCACCACACACAUCCGGGAGCGGGAGGGCAAAACCAAGGACCAGAUCCUGCUGCUGAUCGACAUCGAGCUCUCCUACAUCAACACCAACCACGAGGACUUCAUUGGGUUUGCCAACGCGCAGCAGCGGAACACGCAGGCCAACAAGAAAAGAGCCAUCCCCAACCAGGGUGAGAUUCUGGUGAUCCGCAGGGGCUGGCUGACCAUCAACAACAUCAGCAUCAUGAAGGGAGGCUCCAAGGAAUACUGGUUCGUGCUGACGGCAGAGUCCUUGUCCUGGUACAAGGAUGAGGAGGAGAAGGAGAAGAAAUACAUGUUGCCUCUGGAUAACUUGAAAAUCCGGGAUGUGGAGAAGGGAUUCAUGUCCAACAAACACGUCUUCGCCAUCUUCAACACGGAGCAGAGGAACGUGUACAAGGAUCUCCGCCAGAUCGAGCUGGCCUGUGACUCCCAGGAGGACGUGGAUAGCUGGAAAGCCUCCUUCCUCCGCGCCGGAGUUUACCCGGAGAAAGACCAAACGGAGGCGGAGGAUGGUGCUCAGGAGAACACGUUCUCCAUGGAUCCACAACUGGAGCGGCAAGUGGAAACCAUCCGCAACCUCGUCGAUUCCUACGUGGGCAUCAUCAACAAAUCCAUCCGGGACCUCAUGCCAAAGACCAUAAUGCACCUCAUGAUCAACAACACCAAGGACUUCAUCCACUCCGAGCUCUUGGCCUACCUUUACUCCUCGGCCGACCAGAGCAGCCUGAUGGAGGAGUCGGCCGAGCAGGCGCAGCGCCGGGACGAGAUGCUCCGCAUGUACCACGCGCUGAAGGAGGCGCUCAACAUCAUCGGCGACAUCAGCACCAGCACCGUGUCCACCCCGGUGCCGCCGCCCGUGGACGACACGUGGCUGCAGAGCGGCGCCGGCGCGCACAGCCCGCCGCCCCAGCGCCGCCCCUCCAGCAUCCUGCCACCGGGCCGGCCCCCGGCCGUGCGGGGCCCCACUCCGGGGCCGCCGCUCAUCCCUAUCCCUGCGGGAGGCCCUUCCUCUUCCUCUUCUUCUUCAUCUUCCUCCUCCUCCUCGGCGGCGGCGCCCCCCAUCCCAUCCCGGCCCGGGCCCCAGCUCCUCUUUGCUGCCAACAACGACCCGUUCUCGGCGCCGCCGCAGAUCCCGCUGCGCCCGGCACGCAUCCCGCCCGGCAUCCCACCCGGCGUGCCCAGCAGGAGGCCCCCGGCCGCGCCGAACCGACCCACCAUCAUCCGCUCGGCUGAGCCCUCCCUCCUCAAUUAACCCCCCCGCGGGGCCGGGAAUGGGGCUGUGGAGGGGGGGGGACACACACAGGGGAACCCCCCCCCCCUCCAGCCCUAUCUCUAACCCCUUGUUGUCGUGCCCCCCCCCUCCUCGCUCCUGCCGGCAGCUCGGCCGCGGUUCAACCGGCCCCGGCCCCCCCCCCCAUAACCCACCGCGGAUUAGAGAUGAUUUGGGGGGGGUCAACAUUGCACUUUGUCCCCAGUCCCCCCCGCUCCGGCUCUGUGGGGCUGAGCCCAGCCCUGCCCGUCGCUUCCUUCCUCCUUCCCCCCCCCCCCCCCCAAAUUUUGUAUUAAUAUAUUCUCUAUAAAAUCAGUGAUUUUUGGGGGGUUUCUCCCCCUUGGCCCGAGCUGGGAUCCCGCUUUUUUCUAGCUCAUCCCGGCUCCAUCCCACUGGAUUCCCAAAUGGACCCUGUGUGGGGGGGGAGACUGGAGCGGGGAGGGGGGGGCUGGAGGGGCCUGGGUUGGUGUCACCCGGAGCCUCUCCCAGCCGAUGGGGUCGGGAUCAGGAUCGGGAUCAGGAUCGGGAUCAGGAGGAAGGAGCCGGGGGCCGGAGGUUGUAAAUAUUUUUACAGACUUUUAUUAAUUGUAUAAAACCAG